AGGUUCAGCCGGCAGAUGUCCAAGAAGCUGGACCUGAGCGGGACCCGGUCUGUUGCGCCCAAGACCCACGCGGGCCUGAUGCAGAUGGUCCACUCGUACGCGUACUCCUGCUGGGCUCUGUUCGUCAGCACCUCUGUCACCGUCUGCGCCCUGAUCGUGGCCCUGACCACGGAGCCCGGGACGGAGGAGCACCUGGGCAUCCUUGGGAUCGUGGUGCACGUGCUCUUCAUGCUGGAGGUGCUCGACUUCUGCCUGAAGGUGUCCGCGUACCAGCAGGACUUCUUCACCAAGAUCCCGAACAGGCUCGACGCGGGGCUCACAUUCUUGGCGGCCGGCGCUAUCAUCUUCGAGAUCGCGGCCUCUGGCUCGCACGACUCGGCAGCGGAGAUCUUCCUGGGCACGCCCGUCACCCAGUGGAUCCGGGGCGCCGCCGUGAUGCAGGUGCUGCGGGUGCACAAGCUGACCCACGCGGUCCACGCGUGGGCCGGCCUCAAGAG